AUGCUUAAAGGGUUAAGGAAAAGAGCUCUGAUUCUACUGUUAACUUCUGCUGUACUGCAACCAGUUGGUAACAAUGAAUCAAACUAUGAUAAAGUCUUGAAUCAAGUCCAUGAUUUCGAAAUAGCCUUACAGGCUAUGGAUUUCCUUCUUGAUGAUAGAACUGAAGAAGGAUUAAAAAAAUUAAGAAAUGAAUCUAAAAGAAGACAUGAAUCAGGUUCAGAUCAACCAGCUGGGAUAUUCCCCUUAGCUUUAGGAGUUAUGGAAUUCAUUGAAGCAACGUUAGGUUUUGAACCUGAAGUUAUGGAAAAAGCUAUGAAAACUUUAAAUGAAGCUGAAGCUGCUUCAUUAGUUAAUUCAAAAUAUAAUGUUAAACAUAAUUUAGCAACUUCAUCAAUAUAUCCUCCUGGAACUGAAUUUCAAGUAACUUAUGCUGAACUGACGUUAUUAAAUGCUUUACUUAUGUUAUUAAAAGAAAAUAAUGGUAUGGUUGAAGGGGCAAAAGCUUUAUUUAAAUUAAGAAGAGCUUAUCAAACUUUAGAUUCAAUUUAUCGAAAAAUUAAAGAACUGGAACCUAUUUUUAAUCGAAAUUUAGCUAAAGUUAAACGAGAAGCUCAAACUCUUAAUCGAAGUAUUAGUUCCGUUGAUUUACCAGGAUAUGAAAUCCCUUCUUCAUCAAAUAAUUCUUCAUCAUCAUUACCGGAAGAUCUUAAAUUAAUGAAAGAUUUAGAAAAAGUUUAUCAAAUGAGAAAAUCAAGAAUUGAAGGAACAAAUAUUAAACUUGAUAAUGAACAACCCAUCAAUCUAUAUGAUGGAUUAGAAGUUUCUUCAAAUUAUUUAACUAAGAAAGAUAGUUCAAAAUCAGUCAUCUCAUCAACGGCAUCCACUAAUAAUCAUAACGGUACUAACUCUGACACUCAUUUACAUGUUUCCACCGUUGAUGAAUUCAUUCAUUCUGGAGUUCAAUUAUGUUUUGGUAUCUUACAAGUUGUAUUAUCCUUAAUUCCACCGACUAUUGGGAAAGUACUUUCUAUUGUUGGUUUCAGAGGAGAUAGAGAAACUGGUCUUAAAAUGCUUUGGAGAACAGCCAUCACUAGUCGUAAUAUUCAUGGUGAUCUUGCAUUAUUAUGUUUAUUAGUAUUCUAUGAUGGACCAGUUCAAUUCGUUGAUGUUGGUUUCCAAUUACCUGGUCAUGAAGAUGAAAAUGUAAAAGAAGUAUUAAACAUUGAAACCAGAGCUACGGUAUCAGAUGCUGAAUUAAAUAAAAUCCUUCAAAAUCCAAAUCUUUAUACCCCUCAAAUAUUAUCUAAAGUAAGGAAAAUCUUUCCUCAUAAUGCAUUAUGGUUACUGCAAGAAGGAAGAAUCUUGGCAAGUCAUGGACAAUUAGAAAAAGCUACUCAAUUAAUGCAAAAUUUCACUGAUGAUGAAAACACCAUCAUAAAUAUGCAACAAGUUGAAGCAUUAAUGAUUUUCGAUCGAGCAAUUCUUUAUAGUUUCCAACAUAAUUUCGUGGCGGCCGCUAAGGAUUUCAUUUAUUUAAUUGAAAUUAAUUCGUGGUCGAAGGGAGUUUAUUUAUUCAUGGCUGCCGCAUGUUAUUUAGAACAUUAUAGACUGAUUAAAAUGGGGUUGAUUGAAGUGGAAAAUAAAGAAGAAGAAUUAAUCAAAUAUGAGAAAUUAUUCAUUAAAUAUUUCGAAUUAGCUCCAACUUAUGUCCCUGGUAAUGGUGUUAAUGCUGCAAAGAAGGGUGGUAUUGGUGGAAGUUCAAAACAAAUGCCAUUUGAUAAAUUCUUAUUAAGAAAAGUUAAACAAAUUGAAUCUCGUAAGGCGCAAUAUCCUCAUUUAUCUUUGGUGGAUGUUUGUGGUACUUCUUUAAUCCAUGAAUUGGUUUAUUUCUGGAAUGGAUAUAAUAGAAUGGAUACUAAAAGUUUGGAAAUGUCAGUUAAAUUAUUAGGUUAUUCCGGGGGAAUUUAUGAAGAAUUAUCGGCUAAUACCGAUACUGUUCAAUAUUCUUUAAUUCCUGAAACUGCUGAUGAACUGUAUGGAAGAUAUUUCUUACAAGCUCUUGCUCUUAGACUGUUGGGUAAAGUUGAAGAAGGAUUAGAACUCUUUAAUAACAAGAUUAUUCCUCAUAUUAUCAUUGCUGAAUUACCUCAAUUCAGAUUUCAUAAACUGAUUUAUAGUCCAUAUUUAUAUCCUACUGUGAUGUAUGAAAAAUCAAUGUUUAUUUGGAUGUUAAGUAUUGUGGAAACUGAUAAAGUAAGUCUUAGACAUGCUGUUUCUGAAAGUAAAAGUUGGUUAAAGAGAGCUGAAUUGGUGGGUGAAGGAGAUUAUGAAUUAAGUAAUAGAACUGGUAUGAGAAUUAAAGCUGCUGGUGAUCGUUUAGAUCAAUUGGGUAAAUCAAUACUUUAA